UAUUAUGUGUAUUCUAUGCAACUGCAUUAGUUCUAAUUUAAUGUAUGCAAUUAAAAACUCUUUCUUUCUUUCUUUCUUUCUUUCUUUUUUUUAAAUAAUUGCCACCAUUCAUUUAUUUGACAAUGUUCAUAAUAACAAAGUGUGUUCAGUGCUCAAAUCAUUGUUUUCUUCCUCUGAACAUUUCAUUCCUCCUCAUUGGCCUACGUAGAUUUCAAUCACCUACAUAAACAGAUGACAUAAGUUCUUUUAUAAAGCAGAGUCCACCAGAGUCUGCCAUACACUCCAGCAGGGACAUCCAUGCUCAUGAAUUCGCCCUGGAGCCUCUGUGAUGCUUGGGAAAAUGCCAGUGGGUGAGCUGGCCCUAUUGGCUAUUUUUCUACUACUCUGGCCCAAGGUUCAUUCCUUAGAGUCAAGCAGUGGGUGUUGGAGAAUGGGGGAAUUUGAUUCUCAUGUGUUGGAGAUGGAUGGAGAUGUUAUUCUUGGAGGGCUCUUCCCCCUGCAUUACGUAGCUCCAAAACCUGAUCAAGUUUUUACAGACCAACCACAGGUUCAGAGGUGUAGUGGGUUUGAUCUGAGGGCUUUUCGCUGGGUCCAGACUAUGGUGUUUGCCAUUGAGGAGAUAAACAGGAACCCCAGGCUUUUGCCAGGUGUGAAACUGGGUUAUCGGAUUCUGGACAGCUGUGAUCAUGUCCACACUAGUCUACAGAGUGCAUUCUCUCUGAUGAAUGGAUCUUCUCUUCCUCAGACAGAGGGCUCUGCAGCCAGAAGCCUUCCUUGCCUUUCUAAAGCUCCUGUUCCUGCAAUCAUAGGCCUGGCAUCAUCUACACCAACCCGAGCUGUAGCCCACACAUUUGGGCCUUUUGAGAUCCCUAUGAUCAGCUACUUUGCAACCUGCACAUGUCUGACUGAUAAGCACGUGUACCCGACCUUCCUCCGCACUGUUCCUAGUGAUGUUUUCCAGGUGCAGGCUCUGGUGCAGUUGAUGGCCCAUUUUGGCUGGCUCUGGGUGGGCACAAUUGGCACAGAGGAUGACUAUAGUCGCUAUGGAAUCCAAGCCUUUACUGAGCAGCUGGAAGAAUGGGGUGGUUGCGUGGCUUUUCACCGCACCAUCCCCAAAGUGCCCACCCUAAAACAGAUCAGUGCUAUUACUGAUGCCCUGGAGGCCUCCGUGGCCCGAGUGAUUGUGGUAUUUGCCACAGAAGGUCAACUUCUAGAGCUGCUAUCAGAGGUGGCACGGAGAAACUUGACAGGCUGGCAGUGGGUGGCCAGUGAAGCCUGGGUAACUGCCAGUAUUCUUACAGCCCCAGUGUUUCAGCAAGUGUUAACUGGGACCCUGGGGUUUUCCUUUAGGGGUGCAAAUAUCUCUGGGCUGGCUGAGUUUCUUCUGAGAGUACGGCCCUCGGAUAACCCAGGAUCAGUUUUCACUAACAUGUUCUGGGAAGAACAGUUCAACUGCCGGCUGGAUAAUGCCAGCAGUGAGGGAUUGGACAGGCCGCUCUGUACUGGUUUGGAGAAUCUUGAGCAAAUUGAAAGCAGCUACACAAGUGUAACUCCGGUGCGGGUUUCCUAUAAUGUGUAUAAGGCAGUGUAUGCCAUUACUCAUGCUCUACACCAGCUACUACAGUGCACAUCUAUAGCACAAGACUCAGACAAACGAAGCUGUAACACUGGGGUAGAAUUUACACCUGGACAGUUGCUUUAUCAUCUGAGGAGAGUGAACUUCACAAACCAGUUUGGAGAAAAGGUGUAUUUUGAUGAAAAUGGUGAGCCAGUACCUCUCUAUGACAUCAUAAACUGGCAGAAAGAUGGCCGAGGUGGAAUCAGGUUUCAGAGUGUGGGCAGCUAUGAUGGUUCAGCUCCCCACUGGCAGCAGCUCAAGAUAAACAUGGACUUGAUAGAGUGGACCGGAGGGCAGAGCCAGGUGCCUUUGUCUCUUUGUACGCCCCCCUGUCCUCCUGGCACUCGACAGGCCACACGACCAGGCCAACCCAUCUGCUGUUUUGACUGUCUGCCUUGCACCGAGGGAGAGUUCACCAAUACAACAGGUGCCACAGAAUGUAUCCGGUGUCCUCUCUACUACUGGUCCAAUGCUGAACGUGUGGCGUGUGUGGAAGGCAUAGAGGAAUUUAUUUCCUUUCAGGAGAUCAUGGGCAUCAUCCUUGUAACCCUGUCCCUCCUGGGAGUUGCGGCAGCAACUGCUGUGUCUAUCAUUUUCUUCCUCUUCAGAUCUACACCUAUAGUCAAAGCCAACAAUUCAGAGCUGAGUUUCCUGCUUUUGUUGUCACUGAAACUCUGCUUUCUCUGUUCGCUGGUGUUUCUGGGCCGGCCUUCAAUGUGGUCCUGCCAGGCUCGGCAGGCAGCCUUUGGCAUCAGUUUUGUCCUUUGCAUCUCCUGCAUUCUUGUCAAAACCAUUGUGGUGCUUCUGGCUUUCCACUCCACCAUGCCUGGCUCCAGUUCCCUCAAACGAUUUGGCCCUCCUCAGCAAAGAGCAUUAAUUGUCAGUUGCACUGCAGGCCAAGCCAUACUUUGCAUUAGCUGGUUGGCAUUAGCACCCCCUUACCCUUUUAAGAACACAUCAUACCAGGGUGGAAGGAUCAUACUGGAGUGUAAGGAUGUCUGGCCACUGGGUUUCUAUUUGGUGCUUGGUUAUAUUGGUCUCCUCUCCUGUGUUUGCUUCAUUCUGGCCUUUUUGGGUCGGAAACUUCCAGGUACAUUUAACGAGGCCAAGUUAAUCACGUUCAGUAUGCUGAUCUUUUUUGCUGUUUGGAUCUCAUUCAUACCUGCAUACAACAGCACCCCUGGGAAAUACACAGUAGCAGUGGAGAUAUUUGCCAUCCUGGCCUCCACUUUCGGCUUGCUCUUCUGUAUCUUUGCUCCUAAAUGUUACAUUAUUCUGCUGAGGCCUGAACUUAAUACCAAAAAAGGAGUUACUGGAAAAACAUCAAAAUGAACUAUUCAUCUUUUUCUGAUUGAAGUUUAAUCAAAAUACACUUUGUUGUGCUGUCCUAUAAGUUGAGACAAUAAUUCUAUGCCAUCAUAGAAUAUGUCUAUCACAAGCGAUACACACAAAGGAGGAGCCAUAUUGCUCUAGUAUUUCGCUGUAUACUAGACCUUUUUAUUAACUAUUAUUGUUCAUGCUCAAUAAAUGUAAGCUGAAGUGUAAUAAAGUUUAUUUUGUGAAAAACACUUACUACUCUUGGACAAACAGCCUAUUUCUUAAAUUAGAAUUUGUUGGAAUCUACCUUAAUAUAAAUAGUCAUAAAGAAUAAGGAGAAAAUUCUUUUUUUUUUUUUUUUUUACUAUGUUACCAUAGUUGCAGAAAAACAGAAUACAGAAUACACAUGCAGCUUACAAGCUUUCACAUAUUGAUCACGCCAUCUCAAUUAUUGUCCAUAAAGAGUGACAUCUACAUUAAUACAAAUGCACCCCCCUUGCGGAAUCUGUAAAAAGUUAAUAAAAAAAAAAAACUAAGAGGAACCAUUAAAAUUGCAUUUUGUUUUUUUGUUUUAUUUGGUACUUUUGUACGUUAUGUAAAAAUCUGUUAUGUGAUAUAAC